UCCAUCGUUUCUAGGCUUUGCGCCACAGCGCGGUGCGUGCGUGGCGUCGCGCGGCGGUCUCGCGCCUCGCCAAACUUCAGCCGGCGGCACCUGUGGUGUCGCUGGCGCCCGGGAGGUUGCUUCCGCCGUGGCGACAUCGCCAGCCCUUUCCCUCGCGAGCCCACUGCGUGCCUCGCUCUUCAGCAGCUGCAGCAGCAGUAGCAGUAACAGUAGCAUGAUUACGACCGCUUGUGCCAGCACAAGCAGCGGUUGCAGUGGCAGUAGCAGCUUCCGGCACUGCAGCGCUACCAGACUGUGUGCAAUGCCCGGGGCCGGCACCAGUGCGGCAGCGGCGCCGGCCGCGAUGAGGGCUGUAGCAGCAACCAGCCCACUGCUACUGCCGCUGUCACGACUACCGCACAUGGCAGCUCGCCGCCACCGCGGCUCGUGCGGCUUCGGGGGAGGGACAGCAUCAGCAGCAGUAGCUGCGGCACGCCGUUCCCUGGCAACGGCAGUAGCAGCGCAGGCAGGGACAGGGGCAGGCUGGGUCGUGACAACCGCAGUAGCAACAGCAGCAUUCCCCUCGACAUCCUUGCGCACAUCAGCAUCCCCAGCUACAGCUGCAUCUACAGCAGCAGCUACAGCCGCCGCCGCCACUGGCUGUAGCGCCCGGCGGCUGCACACGGCGGCGCUGCGGCCGGGGCGGUGUGUGGCUGUAGCUGCCUCGCCCGCGUCAGCGGAUGCCGGCGGGGCUGCCACCGCGUCCUCACCUGCGGCGGUGGAGGUGGAGGGCCUGGGUGGCCUGAAGCGCCGGGUGGCGGAGGCGCAGGCGCGCCUGUCCGAGGCGCGGGCGGUGGCGGACCUGCCCGGCUGCCGCGCCCGACUGGCGGCGCUGGAGCACGACGUGGCGGCGGCGGGCGAGGCGCUGUGGGCGCAGCCGGCGCGCGCACAGGCGCUCAUGAGCCAGAUCAACGUGCUGAGGUCGGAGAUUGGCGAGCUGGAGCGGUUCAGUGGCUGGGCGGAGGAGGCGGCGUUUGCGCUGGAGCUGCUUGAAGCCGAGGGCGGCGGCGGCGGCUCCGGGGGCGCUGGCGGCGGUCUGGGCGGGGAGGCGGCGGGCAUUGCGGUGGAGGCCCUGGCGGCGCUACGGCAGCUGGCGGCGGGACUGGACAGCUGGGAGCUGCGGCGGCUGCUGUGCGGCCCCUACGACGACCGCGGGGCGCGCCUCACCAUCAGCGCGGGCGCGGGCGGGGUGGACGCCAUGGACUGGGCGGAGAUGCUGGAGCGCAUGUACAUGAGGUGGGCUGAGGCGGGCGGCUACCAGGUCGCGGUGCUGGACCGGGCGGCGGGCGACGAGGCGGGCGUCAAGAGCGUGGAGCUGGAGAUCACGGGCGGGCGUCACGCCUACGGCUACCUGCGCUGCGAGAAGGGCACCCACCGGCUGGUGCGCAACAGCCCCUUCAACGCCAAGGGGCUGAGGCAGACCAGCUUCGCGGGUGUGGACGUGAUGCCGGUGCUGGGUCCCGACGACCUGCCCGAACUGGAUCUCAAUGAGAAGGACCUGGAGAUCACGACAAUGCGCUCGGGCGGCAAGGGAGGACAGAACGUGAACAAGGUGGAAACAGGCGUGCGCAUCCUGCACGUGCCCACCGGUCUGGCCGUCAAGUGCACCCAGGAGCGGUCGCAGGCGCAGAACAAGGCCAUUGCCCUGGACCUGCUCAAGGCUCGGCUGCUGGUGGUGCUUCAGGAGCAGAACGCCAAACGGGUUGCGGAGAUCCGCGGCGACCUGGUGAAGGCGGAGUGGGGGCAGCAGAUCCGCAACUACGUGUUCCACCCGUACAAGUUGGUGAAGGACACGCGCACGGGGACGGAGACGUCGGACGUGCAGGCUGUCAUGGACGGCGAGCUGGGCGGCUUCAUGGCGGCGGUGCUGCGGCAGCGCGGCCGACAGGCGGUGGGCGACAGCCUGGCGGCAGAGCCCUAGGGAGGGCGGUGGGCGACAGCCUGGCAGCAGAGCCCUAAGGAGGGCGGUGGGCGACAGCCUGGAGGCAGAGCCCUAGGGAGGGCGGUGGGCGACAGCCUGGAGGCAGAGCCCUAGGGAGAGCCUGGAGGCAGAGCCCUAGGGAGGGCCAGUGGGAGGGCUGUAGAGGGCUAGCAGGCCUAGAGGCCGUAGGGGCCACAGGCAGCACCGCCCUAAAGGCCAGGCUCUCGCCCACACUCUCUGCACAGAGUGCGUGAGAGUCGGGUCGGCACAAGCCUGGGACUACCGUAAAGCAGCUCUGGCGAGUGGGCGCCCCGGGCAGCAGCGCAGCACGGCAGCAGGGCAGCAGCGCAGCAGGGCAGCAGGGGCGCAGUGCGCCAGGGGCCCGGGGCUGUGGGCGCGGGGGGCAGUGCCUGCUUGUGUUCCUCAUGAGAAGUGGCGAGUGAGUGGUCAUGCUCGGGAUUCAGGAAGGCUAGGUAGCUGUCGGGGGUGCUGCUGUCAGCUGUAACUGGGAUGGGGCGUGGUGGUGGCACCCAAUCCCGUGGUGGCGCCGCGGUGGGCUGGCGGGCUUCGGGGCUUGGUAGGUGGUCCCUUCAUCCCUUGCCGCCGUGUUGCCUGGGUGUAUGUUGGUGUGCGAUGGGACAGGGUUAAGGCAGGUUGGUGAAGUCCCGUAGGCUGCAGCUGAUUCCCAGACCCCAACAGAUGGCAAACAAUUGAGUGUAGGUCGGUGAGGAGUGCCGCAUGCACGUCGCGGUCGUGUGCUAGGUAGCAGAGAAGUAGCAGCAGGGGAUGACCGUGUACAAGAAGGCACUGUGAAAGAGCAGAACCAGCUUGUGCAUCACGGCAGUCGCGCGUCGCGCGAUUGCGC